AUGGCCGUCCAAGCCCAGGCGGCCGCCGAAGCGGCGCUUCUCCGAUGGCUGAAUUGCAACAGCACAGUUCCGGUGGCGGAAUUGCUCGCCGCAGCUCGAUUUUUGCUCACGGAACCGAACCAGUGCCCUUCCAUGCCUUUAGGACCCAGGAGUGUGGGCCUAUUGGGCAUAACUGCUCACCAGAAUUCUUUAAGAUGGUUGAUAUGGACCACCAUGGGGCUUUUUGAUUCUUCUUACUCCUCCCUUCUGGAAUUGCAAGCCAUGAUCCGAAAAUUUAUUCAACUAGACCUAGUCAAUAAGAUGCCUGAGGUCCAGCUUGGCCAGAAGAGUGAGUACUUAGAAGAAGAUGGAGACAGGGGUAGCGAUGGGGAUGGCAAGGGAGACAAAGAUGGAGAUUCGGAGCGAGGAGGAGAGGAGCACUCGGAGGAAGACAAUGUGGGCCGUGAAAACCCAAAUGAUGCGAACAGCAAUGAAGCUGCAGGAGGUGAUGAGGAUGAUGAUGGAGGCAAACCAGAUGGGGAAGAUGAGAAUGAAGGGGAAGAGCCUGAAGAUCAGGAUCCCAAUGACAACAAUGAACAAGAUGAUGACGAUGACGACGAUGAUGAUAGUGGUAAUGCUGAGGAUGAGGGGGAAGAGGAGGAAGAGGAUGAUGAAGAAGAGGUUGAAGACAUAAUUCAACCCCCAAAAAAGAGAAAGAAAUGA